AUGUCCGAGACGAACAGGAGUGUGCUGAAGGAUGGCGUGUUUGUGGAUCCGUCUGGCAAUGCCAUGGAUGUGGUCUCCUGGCUCACCGAGCAUCUGCAACAUGCUUGGGGCUCGACGGCUUGGUUGGUGCCGGGUGUGCUCAAGGCAGCGGCGUCGAGAUUCUCAGUCCUCUCGGCAAAGAUCAAGGCAAAGCUUGUUCUCUCUUUUGUGGUACUCAAGCCAAAGCGGUUUGCAGAGUUUGCUGAUGCUGCAGAUGCCAUUGCUCAGGCGGCUGCCAAGGACUCGGACGAGUGGGUCCGCACCAUUGCCGCCAUUGCAAGCCAUAUCAACGCCGAUCGCUCUUGGAUUGACACCGCAAAGCUGCUCGAGUCCAAUGACGCUGGCGGCUUGGAGAUCAUGCGGAGACUGGCUGCAGUUGCUGAUGCUGCUCUCAAUUCUCGCCAGGCGCAGCCGGCGCUGAGUCGCCGGGAGGACACCCUCAUUGCCUCGGCGACGGGCCCGAAGGACGUGCCGGCAGCCGCGCCAAAGCCGUACACCAUCUCGAUCGCCGCGUCCCCCGACAACCGGCCAAGAUUUGCGUGGGAGCCGCGCCCGGCGGCCGAGAAGGAGCUCGAGCAGAGCCGGCGACCGGCGGCCAAGCCGAUAGCCAAGCCGUUGGGCCGGCCGGCUAUACGGCCGUCGCUGUCAGCAUCGUCACCAUCGGUAGCAGCGGGACUUCGCGGGCGUGGACGUGGGCGCGGGCGCGGGCGCGGGCUCACUGCCGAGCAGCUGCAAGCCCGCAAGGCUGCCCGCGAGGCCGAAGCCCGCCGUGCCCGCGAGCGCGCCGAGCGGCGCAAGGCUGCGCCCGUUGUCGUUGACGCCGCUCAGGUCGAGGCCGAGGCCGCCGCCGCCCGCGAGGCCGAGGCCCGCGCCAAGGCUGCCGCUCGCGAGGCCGAAAAAGAGGCCAAGAAGGCUGCGCGCAAGGCCGCUCGCGAAGCCAAGCGCAAGGCUCUCCGCGAAGAGCUCAAGCGCAAGCGCGACGAGGAUCGCGCCGCCGCUGUCGCCGCCGCUGGCAUCGACGCCCCAGUCACCAAGAAGGCCAAGACCAACGACGGAACAGCAAGCCCCACCGCGUCAUCAGCCAGCCAAGGCGCUGCUGGUGAGUGUGAUGAGGCCAAUCCCGAGGCUGGCGGCGUGAUGGGGCCGGCCGGCGGAGAUGGUGGAGACGGCGGAGCGGCGGCAACGACGGGAGCGGAGGCAGCGGCGGAAGGCGAGUAA